CGCAAGAUAUGUUAAAAGCAAAUAUUCAACCAAAUGUCAGAACUUAUUCUAGUCUUUUUGAAGUAUGUGGGAAAGUAAAAGAUAUAUCUUCAAUAGAAUAUUAUUUUAAACAUAUGAGUCAAAGAGGAAUUAAACCUAAUCAUCAUACUUAUAGUAUUUUAAUCACGGCCUAUGGUCGAGCAGGACUUUGUAAGGAAGCUAGCCGAUGGUUUUAUCAUAUGGUGGUAGUAUCUAAUUUAUCACCAAAUCUAAUAACUUAUACAUCUUUAAUGGUUGCAUGGAUGCAAAAAAAUGGCGUUAAUGAACAAGUUGUGGAUAGAAUAUUUAAAGACAUUAAAAAAGCGGGAAUAGAACCGGACGUUAUUGCUUAUACCGCACUUAUUACUGCUAAAGCAAGAUGUCACAAGUAUACGGAAGCUGUCCGUGUUUAUCAAGAAAUGCUUGCAAAUAAUAUAAAGCCUACAGUUGUCACAUAUUCCGCACUAAUUGAUGCAUCUGUUACGUUAGGUGAUUUAGAUACAUCACUCCGAAUAUUUGAUGACAUGAAAAAAACGGACAUUGUACCAAAUGAGUACAUAUAUUGUAGUAUAAUGAAUGCAUUUAUCAAUCAAAGAAUGCUUUCAAAAGCAUUUGAUACCUAUCAAACAAUGCUAGCGCAGGGUGUUCAGCCAGAUACAACUUGUAUCAACUGUUUGAUGGACGCUUGUAAUAGAGAGCGACAAAUAGAUCGUGUUUUUGAGUUAUAUAAUGGUUUAGUCAAGGAUCCAAAACUUAAACCCGAUGAACAUACAUUCACAAUUUUCCUUGAUUCGUGUGCGCAUAAUAGUCGUGUGAAUGAAGGAAAGAUAUUUUUCACAAAUCUUGUGAAUAGCUAUUAUCCGCUCAGCGAACGAAAUUUCUAUGCUUAUAUUAACUUGUUAGGAAUAAAUACGUUAUAG